UGCUGUCCCACAGUGCCAGCUAGAGCACUGAUGUCGGAGGGGGAAAAAAACUGUCAUCACUUAGAGGACAGGGAAGUACAUUUAAAACUAUUUUUUUUUCCUAGUUGAGCCUCUACAUUCAGAGGAACCAAGACACUCGGCAAUGUAAUGCUUUGUUUCCAGCGCUUUUUUCCUACCGUGUGCGUGCAGUCACCAAAACUUACCUCCGUGCGUACUGGGGACCAAAACCUGCAACUUCACUAAAAUGUUUCUCCUUCGUUUUCUGUUUCCGGUUGUCGCGGCGGCAGUUCUAACAACUGUUGAAGGUGCUGAGAUUCCAAGAGUGGCUGAAGACACUGGGACAUUCACCACUCCAUCUCCAGUUUAUCCCACCAUCAAGUUUCAGGUCCUCAAUGUGGACCACAUGUUUGUGAGACAGGACAGUCCACAGCCAUCUGGGAACUCUAGUCUGAAAGCUCAGACUCAGACUUUUCUCAUCACUGGACCUGGUGCCGGGCUUCUCGAGCCAUCUGUCAACGCUUCAUUUGGCCCCCUGGCUCUAGAUGCCUCUAUUCCUUUAGAUUUGCUCCUCAGUGGGCGCAAGAUACUGCCAGUCAUUUUGAGCCGCCAGGUUCGUUCCUCAUCCCCAGUUGUUAAGAUUCUUUUCCACAUGCCCACAGAAAGCAAUAUCACUGCUUGGCAAGAAACAAUGGGCUCUCUAGAAGAUAAUGGGAGGAAAAGUGAUGGAGCUAAGGCUAAGGAUGGAGCUCACUGUGUCACGGCUUAUGCCUUCUGGGAGACCAGAGAAGUUCGUGGGGCUUGUCUGGUGUCUCCUGGUGGCUUUUGUGUGGCACAGCUUAAGCCAGAACCCUCCUGGUUCAGCUCAGCCAGUAGAUCAGGAAGCUCUAGCAGGGAAGCAGAAAGCACUGACGGGAUUAAGGGACUUCAGGGGAACCUUGUGGAAGUCUACUUCCAGAGUCGGCGGGACCAGACUGGCCAGUGCACCCCACAGGAUAGCCUGCAACGAGUAGGAGUGGGAAGAGGCAGAGACACUGGUGGAUCAGGGACACCAAUGAGGAGGGUAGGAAGUGUCAGCCUGCUCAAAAGUCCACCAGGGAAUCCCACCUUUCUUCGGCUGAGGCUGGGAGGCGCUGUGGUGAUCCAGACUUCUUCGAAGCCCCUCAAGUCUGGUGAUGUCGCAACUUUCUAUGUCUUUCUUGCUAGUACGUCCACCUUGGAAAGUUUCACACUGAGGGCUGCAGUAAAAAUGGGCCUGUCAUUCAGUGCAGCUCGGCCCAGUGACUCAGCACUGUGGGACAUGGUGGUAGAGCCUGGCAGAGGAGCAGCUCCAAACACGGUGUCUGUUAUUUGCCGCAGGAAGGUUGCUGUCACUGCAAAGAGGGGCCUUCUGGAGGUUUUACAACUGGACUUUGUACCAAAAGCUGUUUCAGAGAAGGUUGAAAGUCAGACCAUCUCCUGGCGUCUGGAGUUGCCAGGGAAUGUGAAGGAUGUGGGCGUAACGCGGAUCUACACCGCCCAGAGAGAUUACGUGGGGCUGGCACCGCUGGUGAUGAACGCGGAUAUGUUGAAUACUGCAGUACUGACGGGGAAAAGAGUUUCAGUCCCGGUGAAAACUCUCGCUGUUGAGGCCAGUGGUUCAGUCACUGAUGUGACCAACUACGCCAACUGUAGAUCUACAGAUGAGGAUGUGCUCAAGGUGUCAGAGCGCUGCAACUAUGUAUAUCUAAAUGGGAAGGAAACCAGAGGGAAAAGUAGGAUAAUGCUCAACUUUACAUAUGGUUUUCUGAGUGCCCAGCUGGAGAUGAGUGUAUGGAUGCCCCGUCUGCCCUUGCGUAUUGAUGUGGCUGACCCUGAGCUUAGCCAGAUCAAAGGUUGGAGGGUUCCCGUUACUACUGGAAACAGGAGGUCUACAUGGGACAGUGAAGAAGAGGAGGAGAUGAGGAAAGGCAGGGGUUGCAUGCUACAGUAUCAGCACUCUACAGUAAGGGUGCUCACACCCUUUGUAGCCCAGCCUGACACUGAGGCACUGCCAGACCCGCUAACUGGGGAAAAAACAGUUGAAUACUUUCUGGGUUCUGAUUGGCAGAUAGAUGUGACCAACCUUGUACGCUAUUCUCUAAAUGUAGCAGAUCCGGAUAUAGCUAGGGUGCAGGACGGGGUGGUGCUGCAAGGAAGGGCUGUGGGCACUACCACUGUACAGGUGCUGUCCCCUUUGACGUCAGCGGUCCUGGCUGAGACGAGCAUCAGGGUGGUGGAUGAUAAAGUGAGUGUGACACAGCUCGGGGUGCAGUUGGUGUCUGGGCUCUCUCUGUCCCUGCAGCUCAGUCCAGGGAGCAACAGGGCUAUUGUUGCCACGGCAACCACUAAGGAGACGAUCGUGCAGCGCAAACAGGAAGCAUUGGUCAGCUGUUGGGUUUCUUUCAGCGAUGGGGCAGUUGCUCCACUGGACCUGUUUGACCGCAGUAUCUACUCUCUGACUGUUUCUACCCCAGACGAGCGGGUGGCCACAAUACGCCGCACUCCACAGUCAGCAUUUGUAGUAGCAGAGGGUGAAGGCGAAGGCCAGGGGGCGCCAGUGAGAGUGGAGCUGAGGAUCUGUGAGGAAUGCCAAAAAUCUAAAAGGAAGAGCAAGCUGGCAGUGGGCUCGGGGCUUCUCAAGAUCAACUUACAGAGUAGUAGCAGAAGUGUAGCAAGAGAAGGGAAAGGAAGCACUGACAGAAAUAAGGAUUUAAAUGGCAGUGCAUCAAAAGUGAUGGGCAAAACAAGUACUGCUGCCACAGAGAUGGAUAAACAGCUCAACAGGGCCAACAUAUCUGAUCAGCAAGAGUCUAUUCUGGCAAAAACUACCACUCCAACGACAUUUUCUACUAGGAAUCCACAGGCGCAUGUUGUCUGGAUCGGAAAGACAACCAAAGUGCCAAAGGGUUCCACCUAUACUGUUACUACCACAGCUUCUCCUACAAGAAUAAAGGAAUUAAACUUAAAUACACAACUUAGCACUGCCAAACCCAUAGCAACAGUGGGUGUUGUCCGUAAAGCGGAAGGGCCUGGGAAAAGCUAUGGAAACAUGCUUGACAACCCCGAUGCCUCUCCUGACAAUGAUACUCCUAUAGUAGAAGUUAGACCCGAAAAGGAGCCUCCUAAAUCUAAAAUUCCCAAAGUAAUUGAGAGUGACCUCAUUAGGACAUUCAAAGCUAUGACUGACAUGGAAAUUGGCAUGUAUGCCUUGGUGGGGGUCUCCUGCGUUGCCAUCUUGGCUUUUCUGCUCAAUUGUGCUUCUUAUAGUCUCUGUUUCAGGAAGCAAAAGACCCCCAUACAGGCAGGCACAGCCCCCAGUGGAGACACAAAGGAUCACAAACACGACUGGGUUUGGCUUGGGAACAGCAAUCACAGUGCUCCUGCCUCAGGUGCCCCGGCUCAAGCGUCCACACUAAAACGUGAGCCUCAUUGCCCUCUGGAGUCCCGCCACUCAAUAGAUUCCAUGGGUCAUCGCAGCCUGGAAGGCAAUCUGCCUACAGUGAGCGCCGCGGCUGUCCCAGAAAGAACUGCGACCCUAGGACGAAGCAGGAACAGCUCUCAGCACCAGCAGUUUCAAGGAAAGGCAAUCGACCCCAUGGCAAAUCGUUCAGCUACCCUACUGGCGAGGCCACACCGCAGUGAGCCUCUUCAUUCCCCCACCAGUAAGAGAAACCAGGUCCAGUUCACCACCUUCACCACGCUGGACAUCAAGCACUUGGCUGCGCUAAAGAAGAACGGUGUUGAGUUAGACUGGGCCAACCAGCAGAAGCAAAAGCAACAGCAGGCCCCCGCUGAACCUCAAACACCUUUACCUGACAUGCCAUGGCCUGUAGUCAAACCUCUAGGAGAACCCCAGUGAGUUUGUUUAGGUGUGUGUAUGUGUAAAGGAUGUAUAAAAGGAAAACAAAGUCUUUAAUUUUUCUUUAAAAAAAAGGGAAAAGGAUGUAUAUGUGAUUACAUGAAUGACAUUUUCUAUAUAACGUGUGCCCACUGCAAACCUGUGCACAUGAAGAUGAAGUGAUGUUUAUUAGUAAGACUAAAAGAAAUUUGCAUGUUUAUCCUCUGAUAAAAGAAACCUAUAGGCUCUGAUUUAUUUCUGUAAAUAUUAACAAACACUGUCUAUGCUAUGUUACUUAUUUCCACAUUUCAAAUUCAAGACAACUGCAUUUUCAUCUCCUCUUACUUUUCAACAGUUCUGUUGCUCCUGCAGAAACCGCUCCAGAUAUUGCUCAGUUCAGGGUAAAAACCAGUACAGGAGGGACUGUUUCUUGUUAGUAAUUCUAUUCUUUUCCAGCCUUUUGUACUUUUUGUAGGACUCCUCUAGAGAAUACCUGAGGACUCUGUGCAAUUUGUCAGAGAAUAUGCAACAUUUAUCAAGUUAUUUUGAGCAAUCUGUCACUACAGUCUCCGCCAGAUAUUUAUUCAAAUCAAAUGCAGGCUAUGCAAAUAGUCUGUGCAGAGUUUGAGAUGGACAUUGUUCCUGAAUUUUUUUUUAAACAGAGAUACCUUGGGCUUCGGGCUUCUCCUGGGGGCCUGCUUCUACAAAUUGUAAAAAACGUGUAAUCUUGGUCUGCUCUCACAGUGCACAUAUUCAUUCAACUGUAAGAUUUUUCAUGUGUGAAUGAAAAAAAAAAAUGCCUUUUUUUCUCUGUGACAUCCUGCUUUUUUAAAACCAAAAUGUGAUGUGUAUU